ACAUUUCCGGUGAGUCAGCUGCGAUUCAGGAAGUAAAUCCAUUAUAGUGACAGGACCAACAUCACGGGACUCUCAUUGCACUGAGCAGAUUAAUAAAAUAUUACCUGUAACCGAUCUGUACACACCUGUAAUAUAAGACAACAUGUCUAGGCAGUCGAACAGAGCCACGGACAGCAAGAAGAUGAAUUCAGAAUUAUUCACUCUCACUUAUGGAGCCUUGGUCACUCAGUUGUGUAAGGACUAUGAAAAUGAUGAAGAAGUCAACAAACAACUGGAUAAAAUGGGAUACAAUAUCGGAGUGCGUCUGAUUGAGGACUUCUUGGCUCGAUCCAGUGUGGGGAGGUGUCACGAUUUCCGAGAAACGGCCGAUGUCAUUGCAAAGGUAGCCUUCAAGAUGUACUUGGGUGUCACCCCCAGCGUGACCAACUGGAGUCCUGCUGGAGAUGAGUUCUCUCUUAUCCUCGAAAGCAACCCCCUAGUGGACUUUGUAGAGCUUCCUGACAACCACAGUAAUCUAGUUUACUCCAGCCUGCUCUGUGGAGUGCUGAGAGGAGCUCUUGAAAUGGUUCAAAUGGCAGUGGAUGUGCGAUUCGCUCAGGACACACUAAGAGGUGACAGUGUGACAGAAAUUCGCAUGAAGUUCAUCAAAAGGAUCGAGGAGAACCUGCCAGCUGGAGAUGAAUGAGACUGAGAGACUUUUGAUUUGAGAGACUUUUUUUAUGUUGGAUUGGGAACCAAAAACUUGGUUUGUUUUGGUCAAGAAGACCAACCAAUCCCCAAACAUUGUAAGUAUUGUAAUGCGAAUUCACCGUCGAGAAGAUUUCUCUCGAUGUGUCACCAAGGUUGGCAUGUUCUUUCCACCUGGUCCAUGUUUUUUAUUUCAUACAAAUACCUUCUCAAGUCUCUUUUUCUAUGUCAGUUUGUCUCUAGUGUAUUUCUUGUUAUUCUUUUUGCAUUUAACUAAUACAUAUGGCACAGAAGGGUUUAAUUUAUAUAAUCAAGUAUCGUAAUCAGAUUGAAUAAAUCAUUAACUACCAACAACUGUGGCCAAUCCCCUCAUUUAUCGUUCUUCUACUCAAUAGGCCUUUGACACAAACUAAUAUUUACUCAAAGUUGCAAUAAAGCGCUCAUUUGAGCGGACCAUAUCACACUGCUGUUUUAAUGUCCAUAACGCUUGUAUCAAAAACAACUUUAGAUGGCUAAUCUAAAACCAACAUUUGAAGAAAGGGCCCCAUGUUCGCCAAGAACAGAGCCGUAGUCUUUUGAGACGCACAUGUUUUGUAGAGGGCCAGUGGUGUUAAAGGGAGUCUGGGAGGGGUCUAGGUAUGUAGAUAAUGGGACCUGUGUGCGCCGAGCCUGUGGCAGGUCCCUCCACACGUAUGCAAUGAAGUGUCACAGCAGCCCCCAUCGCCGUCUUCGACUUGUCGUGUACUGGCCCUUGCAUCGUCGGACUGUUAUUCCUACAGCAUGGCAACACGAUGUGGUUAGAGUUAAACAACAAUAACAAGGGCCUAAUUCGUCUCAGAUGUUUACUCAAGCAACGUGGAAGCAAUCAGGGCCUGGAGGUUCACUGGUGCGUGUGCAGGACAGGGCUGUUUUGGGAGCCAGUGCGUUUUAAUGGUGUAGCCGAGGGGGGUCUCGGUCAUGCUGACCAGUGGGAAGAGGAAGGCCGUUCGCUGAAAGCCAUUCAUUUCUCCGGAGCAGCUCAAAGUUUGUUCCUGACACCUGUUAAUCGCCUUACAUCAUGAUCUGGGCUUCUUUUUCCAGAAUUCCACACCUCGUCAAUCACAAAUGAAAAGAAGUUUACUGCUUCUAC